AGGUGGCAUGAAACGUCCUGUUUGUAAGCAUAUGCAUAAGGAAUGCUCUUGGCACACCUUGAUGAGUUACUUUGGCCUAAACAUCGAUUGCCUCUUGUAAAAACCUAAAUGGCAGCUCAGAAAAGGAAAUCUAUGUUAGUAGAGCCUUCUGCUAAACGCCCAAAGCUGGACAAGAACAGCAAACCGUCAUUGGCAAAGAAGGAAAAAGAAGUGUCAGAUACAAAACAUGUCUCAAACAAGUCAAAGCCCAAUCAGUGUGCAGCACAGGAGAAAACCGUACUCAAAACCUCUGCCAAGUCAAACAGUGACAACACCAAUGAACCUGAACUAGGAACACGCAUGACUACAAGAUCAUCAGGAUUCAACUCAAAUAAUAAAACAAUACCCGAGAAAAAGGUCCAACAGCAGCCUAAGUCUACAAAAAAUAAGGAGGUAUGCCAGAAAAAACCUGUGCAAGAAAUUCCGAAGUCAAAAUGCAUAAUUGUGCCAGACGAGCCGGUAAUGAGGAGAUCACAAAGGCUGCAGCAGUUAACACAUGCAGCUGUACAUGUACCAGCAAGAUCCCUGCGCAACAGAGAAGUUAAAGAAAGAGCUUUGGAAGUUAAACAGAGUAACCAGACAAAAAGACAUGCUCACAGUGUUGCAGCAAAAGUACUUAAAUCUGCUGGAGAGAAAACGGAACAGAAAAACACAAAAAUAAAGCCAAACAAUACAAAUGAGGAUAAAGAAAUACAUGUGGAAGUGACCAGCUCUCUGAAAGAGAAAAAAUGUAAAGCAGACAGUAAAAAUGAUAAUUCAAACAGUUUUCAACAUGACCUUCAAGGGUCAUCAUUAUGUCCUGAUGACAGUCUUGGGGAAGUUAAGAAAGGCCCUGCAUCUCCUAUUCCUAGCAACACAAAGAAAGUGGAAACAGAUUCUCUUAAGCCAAAUUCUAAGACGGUAACUAAGGAAAAGCAGCAAGUGCAUCAGAACGUAAAAAACAGUACAAAACCAAAAAAGAUUGCACAGCCAUCUCUAAGUGAAACACAUGUGCCUGAUCAGCCAGAGAACGAUGCGAAAUCCAAAAGGGUAAGCAUCCUUGAACUUUGUGAAGAAAUUGCAGGUGAGAUUGAGUCAGACACAGUAGAGGUGAAAAAAGAUUCCCCUCAUGCCGAGUGUAGAAAAACAGAAGAAAAGCAUGCCGACGUCCAGCUUCAACAAAGUGAAAUGCUUACUCAGAAAGAACCUACUCAGAGUACUCAAUGCAAACGUUUUUUCCCUAGCAAAAAAGGAAUGCCUGUCAAAUGCACUCUGAAUGGUAGAAAUAACUCCUCAAACAAAAAUUCUAAAUGGACCAAAAUUAAAUUGCUGAAAGCUAGUAACGUGAAGCAAAGUAACUUAAAUUCCGCAAAUGCCCCCAAGCUUUCUUUGCUAAAAGAUUACCCUGAAGUUUCAGAGACAAGUCAAAUAGCUACAGAAGCAGAGCUUUCAAAGGCACGAGGCAAGCUGUCUGAGGAUGAAAGUGCAACUUGUGUGCAGGAGAAAUCAGAUCAUUCAUCUGAAAGAACCGGAGCUAAAGAAGUGACAUCAGAAAUGAAACAACCCGCAAAGAGAGGUGCAGAAAAUGGUUUGUUGCAUAAUUGUGCAAAACAUUUAUGUGAGCCACGACCAGAUGAGACCUUUCGAUUACGUUUGGAAUCAAGUCCAGAAAGCUCUCCAGUAAAGUAUGUUCCAGCUCCUAAACCACCAAAACAAGUAAAAAAAGAAGCUGCAGAAAGUGAACCUCAAGGUUUGGCACCCAAGCAGUUGACGCAAACUUCAGCUACAAAUCAAACUUCUGAAACUGAGAACAGGGUUCCAUUGUCAAAUCCUUCAUUAGCAUCAAAAUGCAAUAACUUCCUACCAUCUGAGGAACAUAUUCAGAAGCUAAAAGAAGCAGGAAAAGAUGAUGAUAAGCAGCUGAUCAUAGAUGCAGGACAGAAGAGGUUUGGUGCUAUUUCCUGUAAUAUUUGUGGAAUGCUUUACACUGCGUCAAAUCCAGAGGAUGAGACCCAACAUCUGCUCUUUCAUAACCAGUUCAUAAGUGCUGUAAAAUAUGUG